UGAAAUUACAAAAAUGGCCCUGUGAGGAUUACAAAAAAUCCUCAUUCUUGCUUAUAUAUAUAGUAGCAAUUUGUUUAUCCUAUGUUUAUGAUGUCUAAUUUAUUGUAUGUGCAAUUUGUUACUACUUCAGAAGAAACCAAAUAAAACAAUAUCAUUUCCCACCCCCGUCUCCUCCAUUGUUUCUUCUACAAUUUACUCAAUGGCUAUAGGUGCAAGGCACUACACAGUAAAGUUCUUGGAGCUUGAAUCAUCGUCACUCAUGAAAUGCUCGCUGUAUAGGAAGCAAUCUUUUCAUUUCUCCAACUCUAGCCAAAGAUAUAAUCAGUGUUGUUCAUUGUCAAUGAAUGGAUGCCAAGGCGACCCUAGAGCUCCUAUUGGAACCAUAGAAACUCGAACGUUGCCUGCAGUUUCUAGCCCUGCAUUGGCUAUGGACCGUCUCAAUUCAGCCGUCUCUGACAUGGUUAAAUCAGAGCCGCCUCCUUACACUUCCGGCAUUAUUCGCCUUGAGGUGCCAAUUGAAGAGCAGAUAGAAGCACUUGAGUGGCUUCAUGCCCAGGAUCAUCUCCUACUCCCUCGCUGCUUCUUUUCCGGUCGAAGACCACCUACUGAAAUUUGCUUUAAUGCUUCCUCCAAACAUAAACUGCUCAGUGUAGCUGGUCUUGGCUCUGCACUCUUCUUUACUCAUUUACGUCCCUUCUCACUUCACCAUUGGCGUUCUAUAAGGAGGUUCCUCUCCAAGAAAUGUCCACUAAUUCGUGCUUACGGGGCAAUCCGAUUUGAUGCAACAGCCAAUAUAGCUUCGGAAUGGAGUGCUUUUGGCUCAUUUUAUUUCAUGGUUCCUCAGGUUGAGUUUGAUGAGCUUGAAGGAAGUUCAAUAAUUGCUGCAACUAUUGCAUGGGAUAAUGCUGCCUCAUGGACAUACCACAGGGCAAUAGAUGCACUUCGGGCCACAAUACGGCAGCUUUCCUCCGUUCUUAUGAGAGUGCAGAAAAAAGUUCCUCAUUCGCAUAUACUUGCAAAUACUCAUGUGCCGGGUAAAGCAUCUUGGGACCAUGCUGUUAAGCGUGCUUUGCAGAUAAUAAGCAGAAAUGACCCCGUACUGAUCAAGGUGGUACUUGCUCGUAGCACCAGAGUUGUGACAGCUGCGGAUAUUGAUCCGCUAACAUGGCUGGCUUGCUUAAAGGUUGAAGGAGAAAAUGCAUAUCAGUUCUGUUUGCAACCUCCCCAUUCGCCGGCAUUCAUUGGAAACACUCCAGAGCAGCUCUUUCAUCGGGACCGCCUCAGCAUUUGUAGUGAGGCUUUAGCUGGAACACGGGCUAGGGGUGGAUCAGAGCUUCUGGAUCGUAAGAUAGAACAGGAUUUACUAUCCAGUGCUAAGGACCAUAAUGAGUUUGCUAUAGUACGGGAGUGCAUAAGAAGAAGAUUGGAGGCUGUGUGUUCAAGCGUUUUAAUUGAACCAAAGAAAGCAAUAAGAAAAUUUCCAAGAGUUCAGCAUCUUUACGCUCGGUUGAGGGGGAGACUCCAAUCUGAAGAUGAUGAGUUUAAGAUUUUGUCGUCCGUGCACCCUACUCCAGCAGUUUGUGGGUAUCCUACAGAAGAUGCACGGGCUUUUAUUUCAGAAACUGAAAUGUUUGACCGAGGAAUGUAUGCUGGUCCUGUUGGUUGGUUUGGAGGGGAAGAGAGUGAAUUUGCAGUUGGAAUAAGGUCAGCUUUGGUUGAAAAGGGUCUUGGUGCAUUAAUUUAUGCGGGAACUGGGAUAGUGGAAGGAAGUGAUUCAUCCCUAGAAUGGGAAGAGCUAGAGCUGAAGACUUCACAGUUCACCAAAUUGAUGAAACUUGAGGCACCUCUUUUGACAAGGGGACAAAGUAGGAUUAUCAAUCAGAAUCAGAAAGUGAGAUGACAUCUUCUUGGAGGACAGAUGACAUACCUUGAGGAGAUCAAUGUCAGUCAUAUGAUAUAAUACCGUUAUCUUCAGCUUUUGAUAGCAAAUCAGAUACGCAGUUUAGCUUCUUGCUUUAGUUACCAAAUGCAAGAGAAAUCAGCUAAUCUUUAUUCUUCUUUUCGUUCAAUAUUCAUGUAAUUAGUUGUUGAAUAUUUGCCAUAGCAAUCAAUUAUGCAUUCAACUGGCAAACUGUGUAUAAUGAUUACCUCGUACAGAUAUAAAUACAUUUUUGGUA